AUGCUAUCAACUGUUCAUUCCCAAUUUGUUACUGCCGCAAGCCUCUCGGGCAAGUUGACGGAGAAGACUUUGGUUGCUUUGCUUGAGGAGGGCAGCGGUGCUCCGGCACCACAUCAGUAUAGUCUCCCGCCUCCGAAUGCGGUCGCUCGUGUCGGUGGCGAUAGCAGCGGUUUUAGCUUCGACAGCAAACGCGAUAACCAUAAGCUCAUCGUGUGGGCCGUUGGAAAGUUGAAAAAAAUCUACAUGGACACCGGUCUGGCUGCACCAGUAGCGCUUGCUAGCAUGAUCAAAGCAAAGGUGGGCACUGCAUCACGGGAGACUCCUGCAUUGCCUUCAUCAUCGUCCCGUCAAAGAGGCGACUACACAGCCCUUCCUGAAAUGUUCGAGCAUUUGUCCACGUCUGUGGAUGAUUCCCCACGCCACUCUAGAAAAUAA